ACCCGCUGAUUUGUAAAUAGCAUCCUUGAAAAUGGCUGUGUGCACUUGCCUCACAUUCUUGAAUGAGAUCCGACCCGUUUUAAGUUUACUCUGAACACCACAAAAAGGAUCCAACGACCACUUACAAUCGGGUCGAAAUACAAAUGAUGUUACAGUUACUGAAGCACGGAAGAAUUCCGGCGAGUGAUCUCUGCCGCCGGUGGAUGAGCAGCAGCUGUAGUAGGAAAACUACGGUAAUGAGCUUCGGUGAUGGAAGCCACGGGGCAUUGGGCUUGCCGUCGUCCAUCAUUGGUAUGGGCUCCGACGCUUACGAGCCCACUCCUAUUCCGGGCCUUCCGCCCGAUGUUGUUACCAUCGCCGCCGGUCACUUCCACUCCCUCGCCGUUACUUCUGAGGGCCAUGUUUGGGCUUGGGGUCGUAACAAUGAAGGCCAGCUUGGCCGUGAUCCUCUUUCUCCAAGAGAAUCAUGGAGUGAACCGAAAUUAGUAGAAGGAUUAAAUAAAGUAAGAGUUCAAGCUGCUUUCGCAUCAGGUGCCAUUUCUGCUGCCAUUGGGGACGAUGGGUCUCUGUGGGUUUGGGGAAGUUCCAAGCGCGGGCAGCUUGGUCUUGGCAAAGGAAUCACCAAUGCUGCCUUACCUUCCAAAGUUGAAACACUUUCUGGAGAAGAGAUAGUUAAGGUCUCAUUAGGUUGGGGGCAUGCUCUUGCGCUGGCUAAGGAUGGGACUUUGUUUGGCUGGGGAUAUUAUUCAGAUGGUAGAAUAGGCAAGCUAGGAAGAGAAUUGGAGAUCUCUCCACUAGAAUCAAAUAGUACUAAACUAAUAUCAAGAGAAGAAUCUUCUGCAAUUGAAGCUGCUGAGAAGUCAGUCAUGGAAGCCAUUGAGAAGGAAAAGGACAUGCCUAUAAUUUGGGAGCCCGGUUCAGUUGAGGAGCUACAUGGGUUAAAAGUUGCUGAUGUGGCUUGCGGACUCGAUCAUUCUUUAGUCCUUUGCCGUGAUGGGGCAUUAUUUAGUGGUGGAAGCAAUGUGUAUGGUCAGUUAGGAAGAGCGAACAAAGACUUGGGAAUGCGACUAGUUGAUAUACACUUCCGUCCUGUCUCUAUAGCUUCAGGUUUAGGGCAUUCUUUGGCAGUUUGUCAUGGUGCUUCAUCAGAAACAACAGAAGAUGCAACAAGUGUUGUAUCUUGGGGAUGGAACCGAAGUUCUCAACUUGGAAGGGAAGGUCCCGAGCACAUCCCUCAGGUUGUUGAAGGGCUCUCUGGCGAGACGCCUAUUUCUGUGUCAGGAGGUCGGGCACAUUCCCUAGCGCUCACAGCUAAGAAAGAGGUUUGGGCUUGGGGCUGUGGGAAGAAUGGGAGGCUUGGGUUGGGCAGCUCGACUGAUGAAGUGGAACCUAUGUUGGUUGAAUAUUUGGAAGGUUCUGAAGUAAUUCAAGCUGUUGCAGGCUUGGAUCAUAGUCUUGUUCUGGUUGCUGAAUAAUGCAGUGAGAAAUACUGAGUACAUAUUUGUAAUUCUUCCUGAAAUUUCUUACUUCUGUUUGUUUUAGCUUCACUUGCUCUACUUCAAUAAAAUGGUAGAACCACUUGAGUUUGCCGUCUAACAUUAGCUUUAAUAUUGUCAUUUGCUGAUGAAGUUGUAAUUGUUUAAUCAUGAAGGGAACUUCCUUGACAUUUCUGCUUUUCCCA